CAGCACCAGAGGAAGUGUGCGGUGCUCUUCCUGUGUUUUUAUCCAUUUAUAUCUGAUGCAGGCUGCCAGUAAAUGGUCGCUUAAAUGUGAAGAAGCUGCUGCGGCUUAAGCGCCCGAUUUAACACUCACGCCACGACGAAACCCUAAUGGUGAUUACGUGAAGAUGAAAUCCACAAAAGGGGAGGCAAAGAUAGAAGAGACACAAAGCGAUGCGGUCACUAUUAAAGCUGAGCAUAAAUUAGAGCAGGGGAGUGAUGGCGAGGAAGGCUUCAGUGAAGUAUACACUAAUGGGCACGGCCUCCAUAUCCAGAUAAAGGAGGAGCCACAUUCGCAGGAGAUCAGCGAGGAGCACAGUGAAGGCACAGAAGACUGUUUAGACACUAAGCCUGACACUAUUACUGAUGCUUAUAUUUCACAAGGACACAUAAAGGAGGAGUUUGAGUCCUGCCAUUCACCACAUUAUGAAUUCACUGAAGCUGCUGUCAAGGAGGAGCCGGAGUCCUGGGUCAAAGAAGAGAGAGAGAGUGAAGAAGAGGUGGAGGAUGCAAGCAGCGCCCAAGAGGGGUUUGAAGAGGGAGAGGAGGAGGCUUGCAGAGAGUCAUCAUCCGAGUUUUUUCCAUGUCCGCACUGCACUGUCUCCUUUACUGACUUGGACUUCCUGGAGAAGCAUGUUAAGUGGGUCCAUCAGAAACAGUACCUUGCGAAACUCAACACAUGCAUCUCAAGCCGCACACUAAAUCUCAUCCCCAAAUACAGCUGCGGUGCAUGCAGCAGUACCUUUAACUCUAAAGUACACCUCAGGGUCCACGUACGUGAAGUCCACCCUUCUGCCCCUCCCCGCAGGCUUCACCCUUGCCCAACCUGUGCUCGCAGCUUCCAGUACCUGAAGAACCUAAAAAAUCACUGUCAGCGCUGGCACAACAUGUCUGUGGUUACUAGAGGAGGAUAUCUCAGUUGCGGCCUACCUUUUGUCAUUGACCCCCUGCCCCGGGUGUCUGGGCAUUGA